AUGGAUUUUUGGGAGGGAACAAUGUCUGCAUUCAAAGAAAAUAAAAGUUAUUGUGCUUGCCUUGGUGAAAAAGACAAAAAAUUAACAUGUAUAUGUGGUGAAGUUGACUAUGAGCCUGUUUGGAAAUGGGAUGAAAAGGCUAAAACGUCAACUGUGAUUAUAUCUAACAAUGGUCAAAAAGUUUAUUUUCACAAAGGAUAUAGUAUUGGUAAUGCUUGUGUUAGGGGUGACACUCCAUUAUUACCAGGACACGAUUAUUAUUGGGAAAUUAAAAUGCUGAGUUCCGUAUAUGGAACUUCUAUGAUGAUUGGAAUAGGCACAGAAAAUUUUAACAUUAAUCAAUCAAAUUUAGAAUUUUGUAAUUUGCUUGGGUGUGAUAGCGAAUCGUGGGGAAUGAGAUUCGAUGGUACCCUUCAUCACAAUAAAAAGUCUUCAUCUUACAACCUAUUGGCUGGUUUUACAAUGGGAUCUAUAAUAGGAGUUCAUUUGGAUAUGUGGAAUGGCAAAUUAGAGUAUUAUUUAAACAGAAUACCUUUAGGCGUUGCUUUCAGCGGUUUGCAAAACAAAAUUUUGUAUCCUCUAUUGUCAUCGACUGCUUCUCAUACUGUGAUGAAAUUAAUAUUUGCUCAUUCUGAACCUCAUUCUCUGUCUCUUAUAUCUGCUAAAUAUUUAAAUGAGAAAACUUUCAGCAGUCUUCCUCCUGGUCUCAAACUGUACAGUAAAACCUGUUGGUGGCUAUUUCCAAAAUCGACUAGACUGAAAUCAGAUAAAAAAUUUGAUUUGUUGCCUUCUCUUUAUUCAAUUGAUAUGUUAAUCGAUAGCGAUGAAGAAGAAAGUUCAAAUUCAACUGAAUGCAAUAUUUUAGCUCCUAGAGUAAGAAGAGUUUUCGAAGCAUCAGCAGCACAUAACAGUUUCAGAUCGGAUAAUGGUGCUGAAAGUAGACAUUUUCACUCAUUAGCUCAUGUUAGGCCAAUCAGAUAUAGAUCAAAAACAUGGUUGGACCAUUAA